AUGGAAUCUUAGCAGCCCGAUCAAGCAGUCUUAGACUUUGUUCAUCAAGCAUUUAAUAACGAAUAUCUAGAAGGUCUUAAAGAAUUUGUGAGAAUACCUUCAUUAGCACCAUUGUUUGACCCAGAAUGGCAGACAAACGGUCAUCUUUACAGAUAAUGUGAUCAUUUGGUCAAUUUUGCAAAGAGCCAAGAUCUUAAAGGUGUUAAUAUCACUGCUUUGAAAGAUGAAGGCAAGAGUCCAUUCCUUAUAGUUAAUGUUGAACCAACUGAUCCUACUUCAGAGAGUUGCGUUUUAUUGUAUGGACAUAUGGAUAAACAACCAUUCGGUGAAGGCUGGAAGACUGAACCAACUGAUCCUGUGAUCUAGCCCGAUGAGAAGGGAGUAUUAAAGUUGUACGGAAGAGGUUCAUCUGACGAUGGCUACGCCUUUUUCUCAGCCUUACUUGCUAUUAAGGCUUGCUAAGCAAAUGGAAGAGCUCACCCAAGAUGCAUAAUCACUAUUGAAGGUAGUGAAGAAGGAGAAAUAGAUGACUUACUCUACUAUAUUCAGAAUUACAAACACUUAAUGGGUAAGCCACAGUUAGUAAUAUGUUUGGAUUCUGAAGCAAAUAUGAGAGAUAGACUAUCUAUAACAACUACCCUAAGAGGUUAUCUCGACUUUACUCUGAGUGUGAGAGUAGCCGAUAACAAUAUUCAUUCAGGAGUAGGGAGUGGUAUCGUCCCAAAUCCAUUCUAAAUUAUGAUUACUCUUCUUUAAAGACUUGAAGAUUUUAAGACUUAAAGAAUGAUUGAUGAGUUACAAGUCAAGGUUCCAGAGCACAGAAUUGAUGAGUUACAGAAAACUUCUGAACUAAUGCCGCCUCUUGAUGAGGAUCUACCUAAAUUGGGAUGUGUUCACAACUUAGCUCACAAGUUUGGAGAUAAGGAGAAGUAUUAACUAUUCAUUAAUAACUUCUGGUCUCCAUCUCUAUCAGUAAUUGGCUUUGAAGGAUUACCAACAAUUGAGAAAGCAGGCAAUGUUCUUUAUCAAGAAUUAAGAUGCAAAGUAUCACUAAGAUUGCCACCUACCCUGUCUGGGGAAGAAGCAGCUAAAGUAGUCUCAGCUAAGAUUCUUGAGGAGAGACCAGAGACAUUCGGUGCUAAAAUUGACUUCUAAAUUACUAGCACUGGAAAUGGCCUUGAUGCCCCUAAAUUGCCAGAUGACAUUCACAAGAAAUUCUUAGAAGCUCAUACAGUUGUAUUCGGAGGCAAUGAGCCUAUUUCUGUAGGCUGUGGUGGUAGCAUUCCAUUUAUGGAGAUAUUCAGUUCAAAUUUCCCUGGAACAAACUUCCUACUCACUGGUGUUGGUUUCGCUGAUGCAAAUGCUCAUGCUGCAAAUGAAAAUCUUGAUUUAGAAUUCUGCGAGAGAUUAGUUCAGGUAAUUGCUCUUACUCUCACUAGACUUUGA